CCCCGAUGCCGCCGGCCGCCCGCCUGCUGCGGGCGGGCCGGGGCGGCGGCGCGGCGGCGAGGGCCACGGCUGCGCCGGCCUUCCGCCCGCUGGGCUGCCCGCGCCAGGAGGGCGCGCCCGCCGCGCGGCGCACGGCCGCGCUGCCGGUGACGUGCGCGGCGGGCCCCGCGCACUUCGAACUCUGGUGCUUCAACCUGCGCACGGAGUUCAAGGACCAGGACGACGGGCCCAACGGCUGGGGCUUCCGCCGCGAGGCGGUCGCGGACCUCAUCCGCGCCAGGCAGCCGGCGGUGGUCUGCGUGCAGGAGGCGACCCCGGGCAUGCUGGACUUCCUGGUCUCCCGCACGGGCGAGGGGAGCUACAGCUGGGUCGGCACCUCCCGGAGCCUCAAGACGGGCGACGAGAUGGCCGGCUUCCUUUACAACAGGAGGUGUAUGGACUUGGUGGUCCACCACACCCUGUGGCUGGCGGCAGACGGGACCCCGCGAGGCACGCCCGGUUGGGACGCGAUGUACCCCCGCACGCUCGAGACCGCGGUCUUCCGGCUGCGCGCGGCCAACGGUGAUGGCCAGCUGCAGCAGGCGGGGCUUGUGCGACUGCUGAACACACACUUCGAUCACGUGGGCGUGCAGGCGCGGAAGAAGUCGGCGGAGUUCAUCGCCAAGGCGAUCGAGGUCGGAACGCUCGAGUGGCCCCAGUGCGUCCAGAUUGUAACUGGCGACUUCAACAACAUUAAGAUUAACAAUGAGGUGUACGAUAUACUGGCACGGCCUCAGACGGGCCUCCUCGACACGGCCCGGCAGGUCGUGCUACCUCAGGACACUGUGCCGUUUACUCUUCACAAGUUCCAGGGCUUGGAUUUCGACCCAGUCCGGGGCGACGGCACCGUCGAAUUAAGCGCGGGUCCCACGUCCGAGCUGGAUGCCCAGCACAUCGACUGGAUUUUGUUCCGGAAUGGGGACGACUUGCAGCUGGAGGCCGCGAGCUACGAGGUGAUGACGGACCGCGUUGCAGGUGGGGGCCCCUACGUUUCAGACCACUUCCCGGUCGGCGUGGUCUUUAAUAUCACGCGGCGCACGGCUAGCACGGACGCGGUCCAGCACGGGUCGCAGACCGGCGAUACGUCUGAUGGGCCGAUUACUCCUCACCGCUCGCGGCUCUGACUCGGGGUCACUUUUCGCAGGUCGACGGCUCUUCAGGGCGCCGACAUGCACGUGCACGCUCGAUGCGGGUCGAACAUUUUCCAGUCUUUUCGCCAGAGCGGGAAAACAG